UCUCUGUAAAAUCGUUUACUUUCCGUCUCCUCCUUCCUUCCUUGGUCUAAAAUAAAAAGAAGCAAAAUUUGUCGGCGUUGUUUGAAUCCGUAGCGCACUAAUUCUAAUGAGUUUGUUUAAUGAUUUGAUAUGCAGUAUCCGAUCUUUGGAUCGGUUGCUGUACGAAGACUAUAUACUUCGGCGAUUUGAACUGAGGCGUCAUCGUUUGUCUGAGUUUAAGAGAUGGAUUUGGUUACUAGUUGCAAGGAGAAACUUGCAAAUUUCCGGAUGAAAGAGCUCAAAGAUGUGCUUGCUCAGAUGGGACUUUCUAGACAAGGAAGAAAGCAGGACCUUGUUCAGCGGAUUUUGACUAUUCUUUCUGAUGAGCCUGCGGGAAGGUUGUGGUCUAAAAGGGAUCCCAGUGCAAGGGAAAGGGUUGCAAAACUAGUGGAGGAUGGAUAUAGGAAAAUGCAAGCAUCUUGGGCAAGUGAAGUAACGUCUAAAGGACAAGUUAGUUCGGAUAUCAGUAAUGUUAAAGUUAAGGGACAACCUGAAGAUAUCAAAGUUCGGUGUAUUUGUGGAAGCUCACUAGUUACAGAGUCAAUGAUACAAUGCGAGGAUCCGAGAUGCCAUGUCUGGGAGCAUGUUGGCUGUGUCAUUAUCCCGGAGAAGCCUAUGGAAGUAAAUCAAUCUCUUCCUGAACCAUUUUACUGUGCAAUAUGCCGACUUACCCGUGCUGACCCAUUUUGGGUCACAAUGGCGCAUCCAUUGUAUCCUGUGAGGUUGACGUCAACGAUAAUCCCAACUGAUGGUUUAAUCCCUAUGCCGAGUGUGGACAGAACAUUUCGAAUAACAAGGGCAGACAAAGACUUGUUGGUGAAGCAUGAGUACGAUGUUCAGGCUUGGUGUAUGCUCUUGAAUGACAAAGUUAUAUUUAGGAUGCAGUGGCCUCAAUAUGCUGAUCUGCAAGUCAAUGGUGUACAUGUUCGUGCUAUUGACCGACCAAGGUCACAGCUGCUGGGGGCCAAUGGCCGCGAUGAUGGACCUAUUAUCACACAUUGUGUUAGGGAGGGAAUUAACAAGAUAUCCUUGAGUAGAUGUGACUCCCGCAUUUUUUGUUUGGGUGUAAGACUUGUGAAACGACGGACUCUGCAACAGGUCUUAAACAUGAUUCCGGAUGAGGAUAAAGGUGAACCUUUUGAAAAUGCUCUUUCGCGUGUACGCCGAUGCAUCGGAGGUGCAACUGGAAAUGAUGAUGCCGACGGUGACAGUGAUAUUGAGGUUGUCGCAGAUUUCUUUGAUGUCAAUCUCCGGUGUCCUAUGAGCGGCUCUAGGAUGAAAGUUGCUGGGAGAUUUAAACCCUGUGUGCACAUGGGAUGUUUUGACCUUGAGGUGUUUGUAGAGCUGAAUCAACGUUCCAGAGAGUGGCAGUGUCCUAUUUGUCUGAAGAACUACUGUCUGGAGCAUAUAAUUGUAGAUCCUUAUUUUAACCGUAUCACAUCAAUGAUGAGACAUUGUGAUGACGAGUUGGCUGAUAUUGAAAUUAAGCCUGAUGGUUCUUGGCGUGUGAAGCUUGAAAGUGACAGCAAGCGCAGAAAAAUGGGGGAACUCCCGCCGUGGCGACUACCUAAUGGUAGUCUCAUCCCAACGGUUGAUGAGAUGAAACCCAAGAUGGAAAUUCUAAAACCAGUUGAACAAGAAGGUUGCUCAGAUGGUCCAACCCCUUUGAAACUUGGAAUAAGGAAGAAUUGCAAUGGCAAUUGCGAAGUUAGCAAACCUAAUACUAGUGGGUUGUCUUCCAGUAAUAGGGAAGAUAAGGUUGAGUAUCAGGAGCAAAAUGUUAUACCAAUGAGUAGUAGCUCAACUGGAAGUGGUAGGGAUAGCGAUGACCAUAGCGUAAACCAGGAUGCUCUUGGGACCUUUGAGCUUGGAAACAAUGGGAUGGAGCUUGGUUCUUUAUCCACGAAUGUAAAUCCAAGCUACAACGUUAGUGAUAAGAAUCAUCAAGCAGCAGUGGCAAGUAAUAAUGAACCCAUCGUUUUGAGUGAUUCUGAUGAAGAAAAUGAUGUUGCAAUCAAUGGUAUUAACUCAUAUAGUAAAGACCCUACCAUGGCUGGAGGCAGUUCGGGCUUUGAUCAUUUUACCAAACUUUGCGAAAAUUAUGAUAUGCCAAAGUGGCAAUUUUCUUCGGAAACUCAAGGAGGCCCGGGGUUCCAAUUAUUUGCAUCUCACGCUGAUGUAUCAGAGGGUUUAGUUAGUUUGGAGCCUGGUCCAUCGAACCGUGCUCCUGCAGUAAGUAGUGGUUACACAAUAGCUCAAAAGACGUCAAUGCCAUCUAUUCCUAUGUUUUCAGAAUCGGUUGGACGACGUGAAGCAAAUACAAACAAUGGAUCACUUCAAAUAUUUCUGCCAACAAGACCAGAUAACUCAGCUCAGUCUGAUUUAGGAAACCAGGCGGAGAUGUCAAACGGAACCCCUAGUGAUGAUUGGAUCUCUCUAAGGCUUGGUAAUCAGGGAGAGACAAUAGGUGUAAACAAAGUCAAUGAAAACAACCCAGCGUCGACAAGAGAGGGUGCUUUGGAUACUUUGUCAGAAACAGCGUCGUUGCUUGUUGGAAUUAAUGAGGGUAGUAAACAAGAGAAGGCAAGUAGACAGAGAUCAGAUAGCCCGUUUUCAUUUCCUAGGAAGAAGCGUUCCGUUAGACCCCGACUGUUUCUCACCACUGACUCAGAUUCAGAAUGACAUGUACCUCAAAUUGUUUGUUUAUUCAUGGAAGGAUGCUAUUUGCAAAGGAGUAAAUAGGUUUAUUAUACAAAGUUAAUGAAGGACUGGAAGCUUUUGGUCAGUAAUUGUUAUUUUCGAUAGGACUUUUUUUGGUUGUUGAAGAGGAAACGUCGAUAAUUACAUCAAACUUCAAAGUUGGUUACUACAGAUAUGGGCAAGUAGAGGAAACAAGCAUUUUGUAAAUGUGGGUUUUACCUUUUUCUUUGUUUUGUUGAAUAGUAAAGAAACCAGCUCUUCUUCUUCUUCUUCUUUUUGUUUACAAACUUCUUUUUAGGAAACAACAUUAUAUAAUAUAUGAAGUUUUUUUCUUUUUU